AACACAGCCAUGGCACCCAAAACUCUCAUCCAAGUUACCCUGCUGCUGCUUUCAUUUUUACGCUGCUCUUGCGAGCCCUCUUGGAACUCAGAGAAGCGUACAGAUUAUGAGAACUGGAUUUCCUGGAACCUCAAGAAUUACCGAAAGGCGACACUUUUGAAGACCCAAUGGAAUGUUAAAGCGCCUGAUUCGAAGCCGGGGAUGGCCGGGAAUAACACAGUUAAAAUCAAUGUUCGCCAAGACGACAGUGGUGACUUCAACACCAUUAGACAAGCGCUGGACAGCAUUCCGCCACGCAACAUUAGGAGGGUUAUCGUGUCGAUCGGACCUGGUGUUUACAGGGAGAAGAUCGUGAUACCCAGAAAUAUGGAGUUCAUAACAUUGAUAGGCGACGCUACGAAGCCGCCAACUAUUACAGGGAACGAUACGGCGGCCGUCAUCGGAAGGGAUGGGAUGCCGUUCGGCACAUUCCACAGUGCCACCGUUGCCGUCGAUGCUAAUUAUUUUGUUGCCGUCAACAUCAAAUUUGAGAACACGGCGUCGCACGAGGUGGGAAAGGCGGGAGAACAAGCCGUAGCAGUUCGUGUCUCGGGGACCAAAGUUGCAUUUUACAACUGCAGCUUCUAUGGGGAUCAAGACACCCUCUACGACCAUAGAGGACUUCACUACUUCAAUAAUUGCUUCAUCCAAGGCUCUGUUGAUUUCAUCUUCGGCUCCGGCAGAUCCCUUUACGAGAACUGUUAUCUAAAUUCAAUAGCCAAGAAGGCGGUGUCCAUCACGGCUCAAAAGCGCACGAAUGCGUCGUUAGAAAGCGGGUUUUCGUUUAAGAGUUGCGUGAUAACGGGAAGUGGACGAGCUUAUCUGGGAAGAGCGUGGGGCGAUUACUCCAGAGUUGUUUUCUCUUACACCUUCAUGGACAAGAUUAUUGUGCCCCAAGGCUGGAGUGACUGGGGUGACCAAAAGCGCGACUCGAGAGUGUAUUAUGGUGAAUACAGGUGCAGUGGGCCUGGGGCUAACUUGACAGGAAGGGUAGCAUGGGCGCACAUACUCACCGACCAAGAGGCUCAGCCAUUUCUUGGAACCCACUACAUUGAAGGCGACACUUGGCUUGUUCCCCUCCCCAAUUGAUUCCCACUUUCACAUGCCCUGACACUAUUGUCAUCAAGUUCCAUUAAACCCAGUCCAAUUCCCUUAAUUGUCAUCUCCAAAUAUCUGAAUCUUACUAUUUUAAAAAAAAUGAAUGAAUGAAAUAUUAUGGACCGGAAGUCAUGGGUGCAUGCCAUGGACAUAGGGGUUUAAUUACUGCAAUCAAAACCCGAACCUUGUGUUUCCCUGGCAUCAGAGAAAC